ACUGUUUGGUUCCUCCACUUCCCCUGUCCCCCUCCCCCCACCAUGUCCCCCCUCCAUACAUCCACUCUCACCCACCCUUCAUCUCCUUCUUCAAACAGCGGCACCGAAGUCGUCCUUACGCCCACUACUAUGGCAGAGGAAAGACACACCAACUCGGAUGUGCAUAUAGAGCAAGCAGCUGAAGAGUCUGCCCAAGUCGUCGCAGAGAGGGCCCCUAAGAAAGCUAAGACCUCAGACUCCGGCUCUUUUGGCCAAGAGAAUGACAUCGACUUUGCUGGCAUUACCAACCAGCGACUUACCGUCUUCCCAAUGUUCACCGGAGCGUGGAACGAAGCCACGGAAAGUAACUCUACCAGCCCUAUCCCUACGCAUCCUGCCAACGCUAUGCAGUCUCCUAAUCACCAGCAAUCCCAGCAACAGAAUGGGCUUGAUCCUCUUCUCGCUCUCAGAUCGCCGUCCGCUACUCAUUCGACACCACAAGUCAACGUCGACGUUGGCCUCACUCCCGAACUGAGAUUUCCUGACGAGACCCUUGCUUCUGCUACGGCCGACGUCUCACAAGAAACUUCACAAGGAGACCAUGCUCCUAUCCAGGUUGAUGAAUCCUCGCAACAACAGUCUGCCUCAGGUAUGUUGACUGUACCGUCAUCGCACACAGGCCCAAGUAGUACGUCAGAGUCGGGCCAGGCUUCAAAGAAGGAGAACAAUGCCGCAUUCUCACGUUCCCCGGAACUGCGAGUUUCUCACAAGCUUGCAGAGAGGAAGAGGAGAAAAGAGAUGAAGGAUCUGUUCGAUGAACUUCGGGAUGAGUUGCCCGCUGAUCGGGGAAUGAAAGCUAGUAAAUGGGAGAUCUUGACCAAGGCUAUUGAACAUAUCAAGCACACCAAGUCUCAACAAGUCGAAAUGCACCGAGAAAUUGAGCAUCUCCGACGUGAACUUGAGAUUGCCCGAGCAGGAAAUGCACAUUACCAUCCCCAUGCCUACCCCACGUAUAGCAUUCCGUACCCUCCGGGACCUUUCGCUGCUCAUCCUCACCACGCGCAAGCACAACCUCCUACUUCCGGUACUACAUCGCAAGCCCAGACCCCCCAACCUCAAACUCAGACAGUCGCCCAACCUCAGCUGCAGAGCCAAAUGACUCAACAACCACAGCAGGUGCAGCAACAACCCCAAAGUCAGCCCCAGCAACAGAUCCAGCCUGCUGCGCAUGUUCAGACAGUAUCUCAGGUUCAGCAACAACAGUCUCAGCCGUCCCAGCAGCAAUCGCAGACUUCAGGGCUCCAGACUCCAACUCAAGAGGUGCAGCAGCAGCCACUGUCCGCGCAGGGUACACCAGCUCCGGUCUGAGGGCACUGUUCGUUAGGAUAGUCCGCGGACUUUGCCCGUUAGGAACGUUGAGAAAGACAAGGAAUAAUUUCAACUGCUAUUAUAUAGAGGCGUGCAUAUUAGAACAGUAGUGUUCUUUUUUGCUUUGUUUCGGUUUUUUUUUUCUGGCUUUCGCGUUCUUCUCAAAAGCCUUCAAUCUUGCGAAUCACUAAUUCUGGUGUAUGUUAUCUCAGUACUCGGACUCUCCUUCUUUUUUAUGUAUAUUAUACAGAAGCCGGUACCUAAUUUUUCUUCGAAAUUUCUUCCACUAUGAUUAUCUUGCAAGACAUCCCAUCAUCUGGCAAAUCUAUUAUCAAAUGGGCCAGAUUGAACUGCCUAUCCACACAUAGUCUCCUCGUUCGUGAAUAUGC